AUGGGGGUCUUCUCUGCCUCCUCCUCCUCCUCCCUUUCCUUUGCUUCCUUCCCCUCUUCCUCCAGCACCGCCCGUUCUCUCCCUACGGCCGUUCUCCUCCUCACCACCUUGACUGCACUGACAUCGUCCGUCACCGCGUUCCACGCUCCUUCCACUUCCAUCACAUCCUCCGCACACAUGACUUUUCCAGCCUCCUCGCGCACCAGCAGCGGCGGUGCAAGGUCGCCCCUGCCCAUCAGAGCCCGUCCUCGACGCACCGUGUUCAUGGAGACCCCCCUGGAAACCGGGGCUGGGAGCAGCAGCACUAGCAAUGUGCCCCCCCCAGGCACGGGUCCUUACCAAGGCCCGUCUUCCUUCCCCUUGCUGGACUCGGUCCGGUACCCGCACGACAUGAAACGCUUCGACCUGAAGGACUUGAAGCAACUCGCGCACGAACUUCGGUGGGACACCCUCCACCACGUAUCCAAAACAGGGGGCCACCUGGGCUCCUCCCUAGGCGUGAUCGAACUCACCGUCGCCCUCCACUACGUGUUCAACACCCCCGACGACCGCAUCGUCUGGGACGUCUCCCACCAGGUCUACCCGCACAAAAUUUUGACCGGGCGGAGGGACAGGAUGCACAGCCUCCGGCAGACCAAUGGGCUGUCCGGCUUUGCCAAGCGGAGCGAGAGCGAGUAUGAUGCCUUUGGGGCAGGGCACUCCUCCACGUCCAUAUCGGCGGCGUUGGGGAUGAGCGUGGGCAAGCUCCUGACCAAUAAACGGGUCAACAACUGCGUGGCGGUGAUUGGGGACGGGGCGAUCACAGGCGGGAUGGCCUUUGAGGCGUUGAACAAUGCUGGAUACCUUCGGUCCCGCAUGGUGGUGAUAUUGAACGACAACGGCCAAGUCUCCCUCCCGACUGGCACCCAUUCCGCCGGGGGUGUCGUCCCAGCCGGGGCCCUCUCUUCCUACACCUCCCGCUUGCUCUCUUCCAAGCCCUUCCAAGACUUUCGAUCCUUUGCCAAAGGGUUGAACCGGCUGAUGCCGUCGGAGAUUCAGGACAUUAACGCCAAGCUGGACGAGUACGCCCGGGGUUUGAUCCAGGGGGGCACCCUGUUCGAAGAACUCGGCUUCUACUACAUCGGGCCCGUGGACGGCCACGACUUGGACAACCUGGUGCCUAUUUUAGAGAAUUUGCGGGAUUCGCCCUCCACGAAACCCGUGUUGCUGCAUGUGAAGACCGAAAAGGGGUACGGAUACCCCCCGGCGGAGGUGGCCUCUGACAAGUACCACGGGGUGGCGAAAUUCGACGUGUCGACCGGGAGGCAGUUUAAGGGCGGGAACAAGGGAGCUCCGUUGUCCUUGACCACGACAUUUGCCAACGCCCUGUGUGAGAUCGCGGCGGAGGACAGGACGGUGGUAGGUAUCACGGCAGCCAUGCCUGGCGGAACGGGGAUGGAUAUUUUCGGGAAACGCUUUCCCAAACGCACAUUCGACGUGGGUAUUGCGGAGCAACACGCCGUGACCUUCGCGGCGGGGAUGGCGAUUGAGGGGUUGAAACCUUUUUGCUGCAUUUAUUCCACGUUUAUGCAGCGGGGUUACGACCAAGUGAUCCAUGACGUGGUGAUUCAAAAGCUGCCCGUUCGGAUGAUCUUGGACCGGGCGGGUCUGGUGGGGAAUGAUGGACCAACCCACCACGGCUCUUUUGACCUGUCCUACCUGGGGGCCCUGCCGGACAUCGUCAUCAUGGCCCCGUCGGACGAGCUGGAGCUGAUGAAUUUGUUGGAGACGGCCUACGAGACCAAUGAUCUGCCGUCCGUGGUACGCUAUCCCCGGGGCGCGGGCUAUGGAUUGGAGACUUUGAAAUCUGAGUUGGGCUACGAAGGGUUGGAAGAGUUGCCCAAACGCGGAAAGGCGGUUGCCCGCGGGAAGGGGCGAAUCAUCCGUCGUUCCGCGGUCGUCCCAUCCACGGCUGCGCCAGGCACAUGUCGCGUUGCCCUAUUGUCGGUCGGGACCCGCCUGCUCGACACGGUUCACGCAGCCAAAGAAAUAGAGGAAAAUUUACCCGGUGUAAGUGUGACGGUGGCGGACGCGCGUUUUGUGAAACCUCUGGACAAGGAAAUGGUCUCGUCUUUGGCCAUGGAGCACGACGUCUUGAUUACGGUGGAGGAGAACAGCGUCGGGGGUUUCGGGUCGUUUGUGCAGCAAUUCCUUCUGAAUGAAGGCCUGUUGGAUGGAGGCAAGCUCCGAUUGCGGUCGAUGGUCCUUCCCGACCGGUUUAUCGAAGCAGGCCCGCAAAGCGAUCAGUACGAUCAGGCCGGACUGGCCGCCAGGCAUAUUGUGGAGAAGGUGGAGGGCCUGGUGCGGGGGCGGGAGGAACGCAUGCUACAGCAAGAACAGCAACAGCCCCAGCCGCAUCAACAACAGCAACAGCAGACGGGAGCGGGAGUGGGGACGGUGGCGGAGAUGGUGGGGGUAGGUGCAGGCAAGUCUAGCAGCAGCAGUAGUAGCAGCAGCAGGCAAGGCACGUCCUUUCAAGUUCUUCCUUGA